ACCUUUACCCCAUUUGGCAGCAGUUUGGACCCCCUGGACCAGCUUGUGAGACCAUGUCUGAAGAAGGGCUUCAUGUGGUUCUGACCACCGUGCUGUCCGGAGCUCUGCUGGUGGCUGUUCUGGCUCUUCUCUGCUACUUCACCUGUAGACUGGCCGGAUCACUUCCUCUGGGCGGACCUGGACGUUUCUGAGAUAACUACACCGACAUGCUUCGUCUGAGGAACGUCCCAAAGGAAACAGCUCAGUUAUUUAUCGUCAGCCUGUGACACGACGGCAGCCAGGAUCCCUCAGCUCCUCAAAACAGCAUCGUAUGGCUUUGUAGAGUUAGACAUCAGCCACACUCAGACCACAGCAUGAAGGUGUCAGGCCUGCUCAUCGCUUGCUCCUGUUUCAUCUUAGGAAGCAUGGGAAAGGCAGUAUUCCCAGAACAAGAGAAAGAUCCUAAGUUCUGGAACUCAAUGGCUCAGCGGACCCUGAAGACCGCGCUGUCGUUCCAAACUCUCAACAAAAACACAGCAAAGAAUCUCAUCUUCUUUCUCGGUGACGGGAUGGGCGUCCCAACUGUGACGGCGGCUCGAAUACUGAAGGGUCAGCUGAAUGGAGAGAGUGGAGAAAAUACUCAGCUGGAGAUGGAAAAGUUCCCCUUUGUCUCUUUGGCUAAGACGUACAACACUAAUGCACAGGUGCCAGACAGUGCAGGAACAGCCACAGCUUUCCUCUGUGGAGUUAAAGCCAAUGAGGGCACGGUGGGCGUGAGCGCAGCUGCAGUUCGCUUCCAGUGCAACACCACCCAGGGCAACGAGGUCACCUCCAUCCUCAGAUGGGCCAAGGAUGCAGGAAAGUCCGUGGGAAUCGUGACAACAACACGGGUCAACCAUGCGACACCAAGUGCCGCCUACGCUCACUGUGUGAACCGAGACUGGUACUCUGACAGCGACAUGCCAGCUGAAGCCCUGCAGGCCGGCUGUAAGGAUAUCGCCAGACAGCUGAUUGAAAACAUUCCCAACAUUGAUGUUGUUAUGGGUGGAGGGAGAAAAUUUCUGAUCCCUAAAAACAUGUCAGAUGUAGAAUAUCCUACUCAAGGGAAGCACAACGGCACACGGAAAGACGGGAGAAACCUGGUGCAGGAGUGGAUAGACAGGACAAAGSACAAGAAAGGCUAUUAUGUAUGGAACAAGAAGCAGCUGCUUUCUCUAAACCCAAACAACGUGGAUUACUUACUGGGGCUUUUUGAACCUUCAGAUAUGACUUAUCACUUGGAGAGGAACCCUGACACCGAACCCUCUCUGACAGAAAUGGUAGAAAUAGCCAUAAAGAUCCUGAGGAAAAACCAGAAUGGAUUUUAUCUGCUUGUAGAAGGGGGACGUAUUGACCAUGGACACCACGAGGGCAAAGCCAAGCAGGCUCUGCACGAAGCUGUGGAAAUGGAUCGUGCCAUCGGUCGGGCUGAUCUCCUGACCAGCGUCCACGACACACUGACUGUAGUUACUGCUGACCAUUCUCAUGUCUUUACAUUUGGAGGCUACACGUGGAGAGGAACGUCAAUAUUUGGUCUGUCCCCCUUUCUGAGUGAUAUGGAUCAGAAGCCUUUCACGUCCAUUUUAUAUGGAAACGGACCAGGCUACAAACAUAUCAAUGGAACAAGGGAGAAUGUUUCUACUAUUAACCACAAUUCAGACAACUAUCAGGCUCAGUCAGCCGUACCCCUGUCCUCAGAGACUCACGGAGGCGAGGAUGUGGCCGUGUUUGCCAAGGGCCCCAUGGCUCACCUGCUUCACGGGGUCCAGGAACAGAACUACAUCCCCCAUGUAAUGGCGUWCGCCGCCUGUAUCGGCCAAAACCUGGACCACUGUAAAGCUGCGGGCGGAGCGGUCGCAUUACAACCAGUCCUCUCAAGCGUUGCAGCUGUUCUCACAGUGACUCAACUUUUGUGCUGAUUCCACCUGCUGCACAUGUUUCAACUAGUCUCUCAUUCCAUGAUUUUAUUGCUUCAUUUUUUUUAAAAGUCUCUGUAGAAUAUUGUUGUUAUGGGACCACUGAACGACUCGUUUUUUUAUAUAUAGUUUUUUGAAAAUGCAGAAACACUGAAGGGAUUUGAAACGAACCACAUUAGUUAUUUAUGCUGAUUUACAAAGUAAAAGCAUUCACGAUAACAUUAUUGAUAUUCAUAAUUACAUGUUUUCAGCAGAAACUGAUCCUGGAUUGAAGGCAGUUAUUGUCAGAACAUUGCUAGCUGUACUGUAGUGCCGCUGCUUAAAUGUUUAUCUUUGUUCAAAAUUGUUCACUAAUUUGYAUAUUUUCUUCAAGUUAUUACUUUUCUCACUAACCAAACAAGUGAUGUAUUUAAUCAUUUGAAGAGUGAUCAAGCCCCAAUUUGUUAAAAAAAAGUGUGUGGGAAAAUAACUAAUAUAUUAACUCAGAAAUUCACAGUUGUGAAUAAUAACUAAAUGCACUGAUAUAAAAAAAAAGGUUUUGCAGAAAUAACAUUAAAAUCAGAUUUCUUAAUGAUGAUGGAAAACUUAAACCUUUUUAAAAGACUGGUGAAACCAUGAUUAAUACAAAUCCUGCUGGUUUAAAUAUAGAUAUAAAAACUUGUUUAAUAUUUUCAUUGUGAMGUGAUAGUGAUCUACCUCACAGGCCUCAUCAUCAUCACUCAUGGCAGUAGUGAGUUCUCAGGAGACAAUUAAUUGUGGCAAACCAGAGUCAAUGAAUGUUUAUGAGAUGAAACAAUUACAUACAUUUGUUGGUUUUUUUUUCUUUUCAUACCAAAUGCUUUCCAUAAUCACAGUCGAUCAGAAUGUCCUCUUUCUGUUUUGUCCAACGGAAAUGGUGUCCUGUAACCAAUAAAUUUGUCCGUUUUGUUACAAUCCUGUCUGCUUUGAUAAGAAAAAAAAAAUAGAAAUGAAAAAUGUAAAAGAAAAAUAAACUAUUUUAGAUUUUUAUGAUUAAUGAUUAAAAAACACAAUUAAUAAUCAAAAUGCAAAACUUUGCAAAUCUGCUUAGUAAGACUUGAAGAUGUUUAUUUUUUUCAUUGCGUCAUAGGUUGUACUUUUCCCAUCUGCUCUCUUGUAGCUCGUGUGGAAUGUGAAUGGACUGAAGCUCAUUCCUCUGCAUCAUGUGGUCAGUUUGGUUUCAGAGGACUCAUGUUGACUGAAGCAUGAAAAAGAGAUUUAGAUAAAACAGCUAAGUAAAACUGUUGUGCUUUUGGAAUCACAUUCUUCCUUAUCUGAACGUUUGCUGGCUGCUUCACAACAAAUAAAAGUAAAUUACAUUUGAUAUUA